CAUUUGUAUGUCUUACAUACACAUCACGACAUUAUAAACAUAACUGUUCUAGUCGACACCAUUUGUGGCUUGAAAUAACAUAAAACUAUGACUUAAUUAUGGAUAUUUGCAUAAUUAAUAUUGUAUAGAUUACCAAUUGAUUUAAAUGAAAGAAGGAAUAUAUUAUAUUGGCAGAAAUGAUGUAUUGUUAAAUCAAUUUCAUUUGUAUAUAAUUCAUGCGAGGGGACUAACGUGUUUAAAUAAUUCGGCUAUAUGAAACACAAGGAAAUACGGAUUAAUGCGAUCAAAGAAUUCGAUUAAAUAAACGACAAGAAGAAGCGGAUAAUUAUGGAGAUGGCAUUUAAAUGGCUAUGUUAUUUGUUGCUCGUGUUAUUUAACAUGCACAAGGAAUAUAACUGCUAUCCAUUUUCUGGUUUCUUUGGUUGUAGAGAUGUGUAUAUCUGGAUUAACGGUGACAGUAUCAGUUGUGAUUACCUUAUGUAUCCAAGCAGACACGGCCUGCAUCUUAAUCCAAAAUUUUACUGCACAGAAUACUCAGCAACAAGAUGCUGCAUAACAUGUACAGUUCUGGAGAGACACAAAUACAGAGUCAUCAACGGUGUGUAUAAAGUCACGACGGCCAGUUUACCAGCAACUACAGAACUAUUCAACUACGGAGUAUUUAAUGACAUUUACAAGGCUACUACGACCAGUAUUCCAGCAAUUUCAGCAGAAACGCGCUACAAAAAUUUCAAUAUCGUCUACAAAGAAUCAAAGAGUGCUGUUCAACCGUCUGUCGAAAGCAACGACUACAAGGUAUCCAAUAACUUCCACACAGUCACGACAACGGAAAUACCAGUAGCUGUAGAAAGUUUCAACUAUAAAGUAAAGAAUGAUGUUUACAAAACAACAACAACAGAUAUACCAUCACAUACGGCAGACAAUCUUACCAAUGGAGUAUAUGAAGCCACUCGAAAAAAAACCGCUGUCAUCACAUUCUUCACAGUUCCAUAUUCGUUAUUUAAGAAGCAAAUGAGUACAACGGACAAACCAUUGACCACUCCUACAAUACCAUUGCUGCAUGGCCUAGACUCCGGAGCGGUACAUAGUCAAGAUUUUCCACUGUCGACAACGAAAACGCGGUUACUUUCAAAUAUCACACGAACAGUUCAACCUCGUCCAAAUACCGGCCAGACUGUGGAACAGUUCUUUACUAUUCCUCCAAAUGUCUCACGGACAAACAAAACAAAGUCAGCUGCAGUAUCUGCUAAGCACUCUGCAACAACAUAUGUAAUAAAUGAACACAUCCCAUAUGAAAACAUACCCUCGGUGGAACCAGCACCACUACUAGUAAAUUUAAAUAUGUCUUCACCUCACGAAACAAUCGCAGGGGAAGCAGCAGCAGCAGUAGCGACAAAAACAAUAACAAAUACAACAGUGUUACCAGGAACAUACAAACCAACUACAACGCAAACUCAAACGAUUGCAGCACAAGCAGCAGCUGAAAUAGCAACAAAAUCAACAACAAAUCACGAAACGAUUGCAACAGAAGCAGCAGCAUCAGUAACAACAAAACCAAUAACAAAUACAACAGUGUCACCAGGGACAUACAAACAAACUACAACUACACCGCAAACUCAAACAACAAAAGAAAUAUGCAUCGACGUUGGAAUUUGGGUCGUUAAUACAAGCGUACCAUGUGAUUAUCUGGUGACAGAUAAUAAAUACGGACUGAACAAAAAUCAGUUAUUUUUUUGCAAUAGAUAUCCACUUACAUCGUGUUGUGAGACGUGCGAGGGAAUUAACCGUGGAUCCGUGCUCAGCUAUCCCAUCUUGACAGUGAUCAGAGAAGUCCAAAAACCAACCACAGCAGAAAAACCCUUAUCGGCAAUUGAUAUACGUACUACGGGAGAGGAUAAAGUUACUAAAGAACGAAUUGUUAUUACAACGUCCUCAGCUGUUCAAGAUUCUCUUACAAAAAAUCAGUUCCAAACAACAGAGACACCAGUCAGCGGAACACAAACAACACAAUUGCCUUACAACGAUUACAUGCUAAAGCAAAGUAAACAUAUUCAAACUGAGCCGACCUUGACAGCGCAGAUACAUAUACUGCCAAACCUUACACAAGAAAUUCACCCCCGGCAAAAAACCUACCAGAGCGUUGGUACAUUCGCUACCAUUCACCCAGAUAAAACACCAGCAGAGAACGCAAAUACUCAUCUCGUCACAGAACAAAUUGCAAAUAAUAAUUCAGCAUCAAUGGAGCCAGAACUGUCAGCAGAAGCAUAUAAACUUGUUUCAACAACUGGAAAAACAACGCCAAUGCCGCCGGACACAUCACAGCCAUCAACGACUAAACCGACAAUGAAACAAACGACAACGAGACAAAAAGGAGUCGUUAGAAGACGAUGUGUCGACAUUGGAAUCUGGAUUGGUUCUAGGAGUGUUCCGUGUGAUUAUCUUGUCAAAGACAACAUACACAGAAUAAAUGAAGAUCCAUUAUAUUUUUGCAAUAGGUAUCCACUAACAUCAUGUUGCAACACAUGCGCAAUGAUCAACAGUAUAUUGAGUCAGUGAUAACAUUAAGACAUCAUCGCUAAUUGCUCUGAAAAUGUCACAAAAACUGUGCAUGUGAUUGAUUUAUUAUUUACCAAAUAACAAUAUGCUUAUUACCUCAGUAUUGAAAAAUUAUAUACUUAUAGGGAUAUUGUUUCAAUUUGUUAUUAGAUUUGCCUACACAAUAUCAGUUAAUCAUGUUCUUAUUAUUACUGUGAGAGAUGUAAUUGUUUACUUCUUAUCAAACCUUGCAAACAUUUUUUUUUAUGUCAGUUGUAAAGUUUACUUACAAGAUGUAUCAUACUGACAACAUUAUCAUAUUAAUACCCAUAUGCUCAUUAGUUAUUAUGUUCAAAAUUUAUCUAUGUAUAAAGUAGACAUUUAUGUUAUGCUCCUCAGUGAAAUACUGAAAUUUAUCGGUGUAAUAAAAUUGAUAUUUUCACUGUUUCAAACAGUGAAAAUAUCAUUUUUAUUUUUCACUGGUACGGAAUUACACUUGAAUGCGAAAUAAUAUGGAUUAUAGAUGAAAGAAAAUUCUUUGCAAAAAUUCUUCAGUAAAGGUAUAAAUGUAAAAAAAAAUAACAGGAUCAUAAAGAUUUACAUUCUGUUAUAAAUAAAUGUAAAAGAAAUCAUGAAACAUAAUAGAACUAUUUACAUUUUUCCUACAAAGAUAUUCUGACGUCACGAUAUUAUGACGUCACGAUGCGAUGCACGUGACGUUGCGCGAACAGACAAACUGGAUAUAAUUUUGUUAAAACCAUUAAAAAUGUAUAAAAUAAAUAGAAAAUGUGUUUGUUUCAGUGUAAGAUUGAAAUAUAUUUCACUCGUGAACACCAUAAUUUACAUUUUCACUCGUUGCUGCGCCACUCGUGAAAAUAUUGCAUUGCAGUAUAGUGUUCACUCGGUGAAAUAUAUUUCGAUCUUACACUAAAACAAACAAAUAUCCUUUAUAUAACUGUAAAUCAGCAUGAAAAUUACCCAUAUAUAUAAAUCAGUAUUAUUAAUCAUUGUAUAAUUUCCAAUGUAAUUAUCUGCAUGUAAAGAAAUUACUUAAUUAGAAUUAAAACGUAGCACUAUCUUAUCGUAAUUAGUGUGUGUGUGAGUGUGUGCGUGUGUGUGUGCGCGCGUGUGUGUGCAUGUGUCUACUUAUAACAAUGACUUUACAGUACUGCUUCACUGGAAUAUAACGCCAUGAACACGUUAAUUAUAUCUCACCUAGCGACAUUAAAAUAACACACAACUUCGCCGGUAUGCCGAUCAAAAUAAGGAACAACGUUUAAUGUUACAAUACAGAUAGUCAAAACAAAACAGUGGUAACAGUUAAUGAUCGGAAAAUUUCAACUAAGAGUGUUAACAAUAAAGAAUCAAUGAAAUAGUACUCUAAUGAAAGGCUAUCAAUAGUUAUAUUCAAAACGUAUUAAUUAAUAUAAGCAACAUUUAUAAGCUUAACAUCUAUCAAACUUUCAAUUCCCCUAAGCCAAACCAAAAUCACAAAACAAAAAAGCAAGUAUGAUUUAUUAUAAUAACAAACACCGUCAGUUCAACAAGAAAAUAUUUCAGGUUAUCAUGAUUACUUUUUUUUAUAAUAUCUUUUGAAAUAAAUUAUAAAGCCGUUACCAUGACGAGUAUAUUAUUAAUGUUUUACGUUUAUGCUACCGUAUAUUAAAUCACGAAAUUUCAGUCACUGUAAUGUAAACCAAACAAAACGUAAUGCAACAAUUAAAGUAAUUAAAAUGUUCAUUGCCACUCGGAGCAGACAAACAAAAUGUGAUGAUAAAUGUAUCUUUAACAGGACCCCUGAUUAUUCGAGAAGUAAUAUAUGUUGAAUAGUGAUUUGUCUUUGAACAAAAAUCAUUGUUUGGGAUUCAUAGGCGAAGAAAUUAUAUUACAAGGGCACAACUGUACGACAAAGGAUUGUUUCAUUAAAGAGAAAAUUACUGUAACCUUUUGAAAUAUGUUAGUAUGAUUUUAACACGAUAUUGAAGACAGUUACACUCCUUGACGACGUCAGUUUUGUGUCGUAUUCGUAUUCAGAGUGCCACUAUGGCGCGUAUCGCGAUGGUGCUUAUAAUUGGGGCGUAUAAACAGUAACUUCGUUGAAUUUUAUUGUCACAAUUGUCUUUGCUUUCUACGAAACAAAUUCGGGGCUGUGAAUAAUUAGUAUCAAAACUCUAGAAGAAAGAAAAACUUUAUUCCUGGGAAGCACGCUGCUACAGGUGUUCAUCUUCCAAAUAGUUUUAUGAAUUUGUAUCCAAUUUUGCCUUUAUUUUACCGAUAAACUCAUUUCAAAGGUGUUGAUUUAAAUCAAUUAUUGUAUUUGUCUGAAACAUUAACGUCCAAAGAUUUACACUUGUUAUUUAUUUUCAAGUAGCGCUUAAACAAUGUAUAAUUUUCACUGGAGGGAUAUUCCUGUCCUGACUGCGAAAUCCAUCGCCCCUUGCAUUUACGUCCACUCUACUGUCAGUGAGGCUAGGUGCCCACCAUAUUUUUGGCCGCCGGCCGUCCCUGGGAGGUGCCCCUGUGUGUGUGUGUUUUUACUGCUUGUCUGUUUGUUCACUCUCUGUGAAUGCGCGCUUGCGUUCGUGCGAGUGUGCGUUCGUGCGUGCGUGUGUACGUGUUUAGUUCAUUAUAUAAAUCUCCAACAUAAUAUAUGAAAAGUUCAAAAUGUCAAAUAAUAUUGAUUAAGUGUGAUUAGAACCGGACGCACGUACAGUUUACCUUCUAAGAAUAGGUUUGUUGUUAUCUAGUUACAACAAACAGAGCAAUACAAAGUGGUAGUAAAUAAAAAGCAUACUUAUGCAUCGUUUAUUACUGGACACAGGACUAAUAGCUGAUAUAAGUUUUGCCGACAGUAAAAAACGUAGCAACUAGAAGAAAUAUUUAUGUCUCCCCCCACCACUUGGGAGAAAUAUUGCUUUUGCCCUGUCCGUUUGUCCACCCGUCGAAACAGUCUGUCAGUCCGUCCGUCCGUCCAACUAGUGAACCAUUUGACCUAGAACAUUCAAACCUCAUAGGAUGGUAGGGCUCAUAAAGUAGAUGAUCCCUAUUGAUUUUGGGGUCACUCUAUUAAAGGUCAUAGUCACAAGGGCAUGAAUUAGGAGAACCAUUUGCAAUCAAUAACUUGAGAACCACUUGACCCAGAUGGUUGAAAUUCAUAGGAUGAUUGGACUUGCAGAGUAAAUGCCCUCUAAUGAUUUUGGGGUCACUCUAUUAAAGGUUAAGGUCACAGGGACCAAAAAAUGGACAUCCAUUUCUGAUCAAUAACAUGAAAACCAUUUGACCCAGAACCUUCAAACUUAAUAGGGUGAUAGGACUUACAGAGCAAAUGGCCCCUAUUUUUGGGGUCACUCCAUCAAAGGUCAAUGUCAUAGGGGCUAUCUGCCUGUCAUACUUUAUUUCUGGUCACUAAUUGGAGAAACAUUUGACCUAGAACCUUUAACCUUCAUUUGGUGAUAGGGCUUACAAUGUAGAUGACCCAAUUAUUUUUAGGUAACACGAUCAAAGGUCAAGGUCACAGGGGCCCGAACAUGGUGGACCGUUUCUGAUCAGAAAAUGGAAACAGUUCUAAUCAAUAACUUGAGAAUCAUUUGACCCGGAUCUUCAAACGCCAUAACAUGAUAGAACGUACAGUAUAGAAGGCCACUAUUAAUUUCGGGGUCACUUGAACAAAGAUCAAUGUCACAGGGGCCUGAACAUGGAAGAUUCUUUCCGAUCAAUAACUUGAGAACCACUAGGCCCAGUAUGUUGAAACCUUUAUGGAUGAUUGGACAUGCCGAGUAGAUGAUUUGUAUUGCAGACAACCAUCAAUGUCUCUUUGGACAUUUGCUCCUGUUCCCUAUUGACUUCUUGCCUAUUAUACUAUGCAUUUGGGGAGACGUGCGCUUUUCUACAAAAACAUCUUCUAGUUUUGUAAAGGUAUUAAUUUAUAUUAUGUUGUUUAAUACAAAAAAUAGUUAUGACUGGAGAUAUAAUUUUAUUUUUUUACUCUCGCAUCUUUACAUUUUUUGUGAACAUUUGGUGUAUUGAUUUCGAAUUUAACUUUUUAAGGUAGAUUUAAUUGGUUAAAGAGUUUCUCGAUGGAACGCCGCAUUGCAAAUAAAACUGCGCCAGAGGUUCUAUUUGGAAGAAAGGCUAUUAUGGUAGAAUGCAGUUUAAAAAUCUCCCAAUAUUCGAAAUGUAAUUAGACAUAAUUAUUAACCGUUGCCAAAGCGAUUCAGAUAUGUCUACUUGUUGGUGUAGUAAAAUGUAGUUGAUAUAGUUUGAUAAAUUACCCUUACAGUGUCAGUGUUAUGUUCAACAUAUUUAUUCUUAGUUAGUCACACAAUAUAAUGAGAAAUGGAAGACUCUCAGCAAUACUUGAUAACGUGCUCAUAAAACGUCAACAUCAAAUUUUCGCCAUGUUUAUUUUCCAAAUGAUAAAGCUUAGAUGCUAAACGCAAAAAAGUAGAUUGUAUAUUUCGGCAUCUGUAUCACAUCAAAAAUAGAAAUAAACGCCUUCCUACUGACAUAAAGGCCGAAUCUAAUUAUUAUAUAUAAUAAAAGCUGAUCGAAUGUCAGUUUGACCACGUUUGAUGGUAGGUAGACUCUGUUAAACCUUAAUUUCAUGAUUUUUGUUACUAACGUGCACCUAACUUUUGUCUGUCUUUCCUUUUACAUCCAGUCUUUGAUAUAUAGUUGUGGAGUUUGAAGUGCAUUUGUAUUCUUUUUAUAUAUUGUUGCUGUUGUUUAUCCUACUUUGAUCUGGACAUUUUUCUUUGGUUGACGGGUGAAUUGACGCAACCGGCAUUUAACUUAAUAAUUAUUACAGUGCGGAAAACUAAUACCGUUCCAAUUCAUUUUUAAUGUUUGUAUGGAACGGCAGUUUAUUUUAGAAUUUUGUAUUCUAUAUUCCUAAAAGAAACAAUAUCUUUAUCAGUAUUAAUGCAGUACAGACUUUAAUAUACUUGUCUGAAAAUAAAACUGAAGUAAUCAUA